AUGCGGGGAAUGGAGGGGACGCGGAAAGCUGCAGGAAUUUUCCCGUUUCAGUUGAGGUCAAAAAUAACAUUGCGGAGGCGGGUGCUAAUGAAGAACUUUAAAAUGUCCCGCCUGCUCUCUGUUGUGGGAACGUGGAGUAGGUCUGCAGCUGAUGAUAUUGAGUGCUUGGGCUGCGUGGCCUUUCUGAUUGGCGACGUCUCCGAAGCGGUAGCUCGCAAGAUGAAGCACCUUCCCCGCAGCGAGGGAGAAACGCGGGCCAGCGUGUUGGCGGACGGGCAUGCGGUGGGCCGCUUUCCAAGGCCCCCCUGCGUGGUUGGGUGCAUGGCAGGUGGAGAUAAUAGAAGAGUAAUAAUCCAGACUGAUCUUCAAGCCGGCGUUCUGUAUAUGCUCAACAAGUGUUUUUUCCCCUUGCUGGACGCGUUCUACGUGGUCGGGGUGCAGCUAACAGAAACUGCCAAGAAAAAAAUAAAAUUUGGGCGGUCCCGAAAUGCUGGCGCCGAUGGGCACAGCGGUGCGGAGAAAGAAGUGACGUUCAAUCGGGCUGCAGGUGGCAAAACACAACACCCACCACACUGCUGCCGGUAA